CUACUCAGUCGGUUCAGUCAGUCGCGAGCAGCUCAGCUCUACGGUGACGUUAAGAGCAUCAACGUAAACCGAAAUAAACUUUCUGCUCUUUGGUUUGUGACCGGACACUUCACGCUUCGGAUUAACGGAUUUUUAACGGGAAACCAACAGAUAUUCUCCCAGCGUCUCUGUCUUUCCCGUCCUGUUCCGGUCCGAUCUGCUCACACAAAGACUCGACAGUCUCACAGUUCUUUUGAGGGCUCGUUUGGUUCAGCGUUGGUCUUCCAGGUCGGGCUUUUCCCACAGAACCACACAACAGGAUUCAGGAGAAUGGCCGAGCAGGGCGGAAGAGUUCACCCUCACUGAGCGGAGGAAGAGAAGAAGAGGAAGAGGAAGAGGAAGAGGAUGGAGCGAGCUCACAGCCUCCUGCUGAGCGAGGCGGCGUGCAGUCAGCUGGCCGAACAUCAGCGGCCGCAGUUCGUCUUCGAGUGGCUGACCCACCUGAAGAAACUACUUCCUGUCACCGACCGGGUCGACAUCAAACAGAACCAGCGGCGCCUGAUCGAGCAGCUAUCGGGCGUUCUGAUUGGCUCCCCCGGCCCGCCCACCCGCUGGCUGCUGGCCCACUGCGUGGCCCUGCUCUACCGCCUGGGAGACCCCAUCGCUGCGAGCCUAUUCGUCGACAGGUGCCAUGACAUCAUCCGCAGCAAAGACGACUCUCCCUCGGGACUCCCGACCCGACUGGCGGCCAUGGCGUGUCUCGGCUCUCUGUUUGAGCAGCUCGGCCGGAUGCUCGUCGGCUCCUUCAAAGACUCUCUGACCAUCCUGCUGAAGGCCAUGAAGAGCGCCGAGGUCUCUGCGACAGCUGGCCUGAAACCCCCGGAGGAAGUGAAGUGCCGAGGGAUUCUAAAAGCUGAGGAUCACACGCCUGCCUCUCAGGUUCUUAAGCAGAGUGCUCUGCCAUCCAGCUCACCUGACUGUCACCGCUGGAAACAGUCGAGAGUCCCCCCCGUGGUGGAGCCGGGGUUCACCGAGAUCCGGCAGGCUCUGGGCCGGGCGUUCAGCCUCUCGUGCCGCCUGCUGCGCGCCCACCCGGCGCGCCUGCUGCGCUACGAGUGGAAGCUGGGCUCCCGCCUGCUCACCGUGGGGCAGUUCGCCGACGACCGGGACGACACCAGCUACCUGGUCAAAGCUCUGAACCGGGAGGGCUACGGCGAGUACACCUGUGACAUCACCAACGAGGCCGGGGCCGGGCGCUGCACCUUCCUGGUCACAGGGAAGGCCUACGCUCCCGAGUUUUACUACGACACGUACAGCGCUCUGUGGCAGAACAAGCCUCGAGUCUACGGCUUCAAGCUGCAGUGGACGCAGAUGGAGCCCAACGCCGUGGACCGGAUCCUGGCCUACAGACUCGGGAUCAGACAGAAGAGUCAGUCUCGUUGGUGGGAGCAGGAGAUCGCCAUGGAGGGAAGCAUCCAGAAGGGUGAGCUGCUGACCUACAACCUGACCGAACUGGUCAAACCUGAGUCCUACCUGGUCCGCCUCACGCCCAUCACCCGCUACGGCGAGGGAGACACCACCGACACCACACCACGUACGGCUCCUGUUAACCCACAUCUCAGUAAACGAGACUUUGAGUACGCUGCGCCGAGACACCAAAUACACCCCCAACAGGAUUGCAGCACUACGCACUGCUCCAAACAGGGUUUCUACAUGUACAUCGAGACGUCGAGGCCUCGGCUGGAGGGAGACAAGGCCCGGCUGCUGUCGCCCACCUUCAACACCAACUCCAAGACCUCCUCUUCCUCCUCGGUCACCUACUGCUUCUCCUUCUACUACCACAUGUACGGGAAGCACAUCGGAUCUCUGCACGUCUUGCUGCGUCAGAAAGGUCAGACGGUGACCGACACCUCGGUCUGGACGCUGGUCGGUAACCAAGGAGACCGCUGGCGGCAAGCCAAGGUCAACAUCCACCCGGCCGCAGCCUUCCAGAUUGUGAUGGAGGGAGUCCGAGGCGCCGGCAUCGAGGGAGAUAUCGCCAUCGAUGAUGUCACCAUCGAGGAGGGCGAAUGCAAAGACCCGCCCCCCAACAAUCUAAGGUCGCUCGCCCCGCCCUCGUCGCCCCAUAUAUGGCAGCUGAGCGUCACUCUGAGUCUGGCUCUGAUUGGCCGGCAGAGGUGACCCCCUCCCCUCUUCCUACAGGACGCCACAACCUUUGACCCUUCUGUCUCUCAUCUCUCCAUCCAAUCCCAUCAUCCCCCACCAUUAAGCCCCACCCCCAACUACCAAAGAUGAGGUCAGAGCUGCAGAGAGACUUCCUGCCAACACAAAAGGUCAAAAGAUCACCGUGAGAAGGGACUACCAGAGCCACACCGAAUCUGCACACGCAGAGUUUAAACAAAUUUAAAAUAGAGAUCAUGUACGUUAACACAUCUCCACCCCGAGCAGAAAAACAGUCCAAAACUAAACGCCAGUUUGUUUCUCUCUGGCUAUAGAGAGCUGAAGUCCCGCCCCUCCCGGUGGACCUCAUGGGACCUUAAGUCAGAAAAAAUAUGAACGGUAGUGAACGGGGAGAAGCAAAUUAUUUUUUGA